CUUGUUUCUGAGACAGUGAAUCAUGAGAGUUUCAGGAACGAAGGAUCAACCAGUGGAGCAUACUUUUAAAGUAAUCCAUACGUUGUGCUGUUCGACAACUUUCUUGCCAGAUAUUUUAGGUAUGGCCUUACUUUUGGAGGUUCAAAAAAUUCCACUGAAAAUUGAUGACAAGAAUGUCUGCCAAGUUGACCGGUGCUGCUCAAGGAAUCUUCUCCAAGCUUGCUGCUUUCCAGAAGCCCAUUGUUUACAACACCAAAGUUGGUGCUGAAGUUGCCAAGCUUGUUUACAAGAAGGAAGGCAUGUCUUUCCCUUCUGGUCAACAAUUCGCAGAAGCCCGUUCAUAUGUCGAGAAGAACCUCAACAAGAGCGCUUUGAAGGGUUUGACUCUUCGUGACUUCGCCAAGGCUGGUGUUGUCGCUGCCGAAAUUUACACCUUCUUCCUUGUUGGCGAGAUUAUCGGUCGCAGAAACUUGAUCGGCUACAACGUCCCAACAGAACACCACGAACAUCACUAAAUUCAGUCAUGUAGAUCAUUUCAAAACACCCAAUACACAUUUUUUUUAGAAAAAUUUUCGUCACCGUAACAAGGUUUUGUGCCAUUUUGAAAGUGCUGAUUAGACGUGGCGGAUGGUGUAUCAUGAAUGGGAUCUUUGAUGCCAAUUUGACGUUUGCUUAAUUGAUUGUACAAAGGAAUUGAAUCUUCUGAAUUUGCAAAUGCCCAUUACAUAAGAAACCGUGCAUUCGAUCCACAGC